GGGCAUGAAUGUGCACUGCGUCUAUUAUUAUCCAGAGGAGCCAGUGUGGAUAUAGAUGGCGCUCAUGGGACGCCCCUGCACACUGCUUCUUACUAUGGGAAUGCUGGUGCUUUGAAGAUUUUGUUGGACCACCAUGCAGAUGGUGUCAGAAGUUUCAUGUACCCCUCUACUUAUGGCUCUUAAUUCUACCAAGCAUGGAGUGAGUGAAUCUGACUCACUGAACUGUGUCAAGCUACUUGUCAAGGCUGGUGCUGACAUGGAUUCUGCUAAUCCGUACACUCCCUUGGUGGUGGCAGCUACGUAUGGAUUGGCUGAUUGUAUUAAGUACUUGCUAGAGGCUGGUGCAAAUCCUAACAUUCCGGAUGAGCAGUGUGGUACGACACCAAUAGAAAUCGUUGCAGACUCUGGAAGAAGAGAGCUCGUGGACAUUCUAUUUCCAUACACCAAACCCGUUCAAUGUGUGCCAAGCUGGAGUGUUGAUGGAAUCAUUACCCAUGUAAAAUCAAAGCACUUGAAGGACAAGGACAAGGUAGGUCAAGAUAAGAAGGCUGAGCUGAAAUCACUUGGUGCAAAAGCAGUAGAGGAGAAGGACUACGCCGGUGCAUCAAAAUUCUACAGUGAGGCAAUCAAAGUGGAUCCUGAAGAUGCAACGCUCUAUUCAAACAGGAGCCUUUGCCAUCUAAGGAUUGGUGAAGCACAUGAUGCUCUGGUGGAUGCCAAUGCUUGCAUAAGGCUGCAGCCUGAUUGGCCAAAAGGUUACUGGCGGAAAGGAGCUGCCUUCACUCAAGGAUCACAAGGAAGCAUGCGACACGUACAUGGCUGCGAUGAAGCUGGAUCCUGCCAGUCAGGAGAUCCGUGAAGCAUUUUGGGGUGCCGUUGCGGCAAUGAAGGAGGAACUUGACGCUGUGUCCAGCGGCAGCUCAUCUGAAUCUGAUUAGGGCCUGCAUGGGCGGGCUGGUUUCGGCUGUGCUCACUGGUUCCCUUCCGGCUUGUUUUACGUCUGGUGAUCUCGUUUUUGUCUGAGAAACCGUGAAACGUUGCGUUGUUGCUACAUGGCCAUGGGUGCUUGCGUGUGCGAGCGCUUUAAUCAGUUUUGGCACUUAAUUCAUCCAAAUCCGUCUAGAACGCUCCUGAUGCGCGCCAUUUUGAACUUUUUUCCCAGUUAGGCCGCGCUUGGCAUCGAUGUAAUUAAAUACAGGUGUAACUUACUGGCCAAGAGCUAUUUCCUGCCAGAAAUGAAAACGACUGGUGGAGGUCUAAGUUUUACAGGGGUAUUUGAAAUGGAAA